AUGUGUAUGACACCCGAUGGCCUUCCUUUGGUCGGGCCUUUGCUACAGAACCACAAUUAUUGGGUGGCUUUGGGCUUUUUCGAUGAACUUGGCUCUGCAGUCGGUGUUGGAAAGUUUCUCGCAGAAUGGAUUGCCGAAAAGGAACCUCCCUUCGAACUGGCGGAAAUAGAGCCAGAACGCUUUCGUUCUUGGGCAGACAGAGAAGUGUACUCAAAUUACUAUGCCGAAGAUCGCCCGUUGGCUUUGCGACCCUCGGGCCGUCCGACUGUUCGCGUCAGCGGUGCGCACGGACCUCUGAUGAACCACGGAGCGAAAAUGGAAAAAUACUGUUUUUCUUUACUUUUUCAUAAUGGGGCCAUUUUCGUAUCAGUCGAACGCGAGUACCGCUUGAUCACGGAGAAAUGUGCCAUUAUCGAUCUGUCGUUCCUCAGCAUAAUUGAAGUUCGCGGAAAAAUGGCUGAGCAGUUUUUGAACUACGUACUGGCGAAGCGGGCACCCGAGGCCGGAAAAGCGAUAUAUUCAUGUAUGCUUACGCCAACGGGCAAAAUUCUGUCUCAGAUGAAGGUGAUGCGUCAUAACAUGCUGAAUUCGUUUCUUCUCGUAAGUGGCGCAGAACAGGAGGCGAGAAAUUUAAGGUGGUUAAACUUCACCUCGAACGAGAACAAAUUUUUUGCCGAAGUCACUAACGUGUCAAGGUUUUUGAGUACGCUGUCUCUUGUCGGCCCGAAGGCAUUCGAAAUCAUGAAGAAGGUGACACCAGCCAAUAUGUCUUAUGAAGCAUUUCCGCACAUGUCUUCUAAACCAAUAAAAAUUGGAAAGGUUCCGGCGAUUGUCUGUCGCAUGUCAUUUACAGGUGAACCGGGAUUUGAGAUUUAUCAUAACCGGGCUGAAACACUGAGAGUGUACGACGAACUGAUGACUGCAGGAAAGGCGUUUGGUAUCAAAGACGCUGGUUGGGAGGCUUUGAACAUUUUGCGUACCGAGAAAGGAAUGAAAUUUCCUGAAUACGAAGUUCGGCUAAGCGUUCGAUUGUUCUUGGUGUUAAUCGUUUUCAUCUUGCUUGCUCGUUUUUCUGCCCACUGCUCCCGUCAUGUAAACGGAUGA